AUGUCGGCUACCACGCAAAUCUCCUCCGACAUCCAUUCGGCCGCAGGCGCCAGCCUCACGCUGACAGGCGCUGGCGAUGUAAAACCAAUGAAGCCCCUGACCAGGGACGAGGCCAUAGGCUUCGAGGCCGACUCACCCGAAACAUGGACCGAGAUGCACAAGCGCGUACACAAGCUCAAGCCUCAGGGCGACUACGAUGUCGACAUGCAGAUCCUCGCCUGCGGCGUGUGCGGCAGCGACGUACAUACUCUCUGCGGCGGCUGGGGCGAUCAGCACUACCCUCUCUGUGUCGGCCAUGAGAUCAUCGGCCUCGUCACCCGAGUCGGCCCAAAAGUAACCCUCCACAAGCCCGGCGACCGCGUCGGCGUGGGCGCAUCCUCAUGGGCAUGCCUCGAGUGCCGCAAUUGCAAGAAGGACAACGAGCAGUACUGCGCGCACCAGCUGGACACGUACGGCGCCAAGUGGCCCGACACGGGCUACGUGACCAAGGGCGGCUACUCGUCGCACAUCCGCAUCCACGAGCACUACUGCUUCCCCGUCCCCGCGAACCUGCCCACCAACGUCGCGGCGCCCAUGAUGUGCGCGGGCCUGACCGUGUACUCGCCGCUGAAGCGCAACGGCUGCGGGCCCGGCCGCAAGGUCGGCAUCGUGGGCGUCGGCGGCCUGGGCCACCUGGCCGUCAUGUUCGCCAAGGCGAUGGGCGCCGACGAGGUCUGGGCCUUCAUGCUGGACCACAGCCUGGACGAGGACGCACGCCAGCUGGGCGCCACGGGUGUGAUUGUCAUGUCGGAUCCGGGGGUUCAGGAGGAGCACCGCCACACCUUCGACCUGAUCCUCAACAGCGCCAGCUCCAGCGUCAACUGCGCGCCCUUCCUGCCGCUGCUGGACGUUCACGGUCGCUGGAUCAGUGUCAGCAUGCCGGCCAAGAACGACAAGGGAACCGAGGUGUCGACGUGGACGCAGAUCGAGAACGGGUGCCUGAUUGGCGCGUCGCACCUCGGCUCGCGCAAGGAGGCGCUCGAGAUGCUGCAGAUUGCGGCUGACAAGGGCGUCCGGACGUGGAUCGAGGAGAUUGACAUCAGCAAGGACGGGCUGAAGACGGCGUUGGAGAGGUGUCGCAAGAGUGAUGUGAGGUAUCGCUUUGUUUUGACGGGCUUUGACAAGGAGUUUGGUGAGGACAUUAAGGAUCGCGAGACUUGA